UGUAAUGUCACUUUUAAUGAUCGUGUAAAUGCAGUAAUGAAAGUGUCCCUUUUCAGACCUCAACUCUACUGAGAAAAUAUUUAACGUUUCCAGUUCCGCAGUUUUUGCCAAUCCAUCAUGUCGAAGGAUCUAUCAAUACAUAACUUAACUCUCAAUGGAAACAGUCAACCAAACAUGGAGCAAAAAUCUGCAAUAGUUGGAACAAUGAACGAACGCCAACACAACUUAGUCAAUAACCAGCAUAUGUCCGAUAUUGUUUUUAUUGUCGGCAAAGAGAAGCAGCGAAUUUUUGGACACAAACUGUUUCUGAUGACUGGAUCGGAAUAUUUUACUACCAUGUUCACCGGUAGCUUCAAGGAAGCGAACAUGACGGAAAUUGUGCUGGAAGACACGGAUCCGGCAUGUUUUCUGGAAAUUUUACGGUUCGUUUACGCUCGCCGGAUGAACAUCACAUCAGAAAACGUACAAGAGAUAUGCAAUCUUGCUGAAAAGUACUUGUUUCCGGACGUUUUGUUGCAUGCCUCCGGAUUUUUCUUAGAAUGUGUAAACGACGAAAACGUGCUGGAGAUGCUGCAGCAAAAUCGACGAUUCCGCUUCGAGAAUGUUGAUGCCCGUUGUGUUGAGAUAAUUACCCAAAAUCCUCUGCUAUACUUUGAACAUGAAAGCUUCAGCUCACUCGAUGCUGAACCAUUGGCAGCAAUUUUCAAAGCGAAACGCAUCAAUUGUUCGAAUUCUGAAAUGAUUAAAGCGUUAGACAAAUGGACGAAGACCGGUGACGAAAAUGUGCGUCAAUCAAAAAUGGAAGAACAAGUGAAGCUGAAAGCAAUCAUUGAAGAUACUUCCCGAUAAUUGAAAUGCAAUACAUUGCACUUUUCCGGAAUCUUUAAAUGCGAUCAGGAAAACACAGCAUAUUUUCGAAUUUCGGAAGAACCUAUAUAUUUGUUAGGCAUUG